UGUGAUCAUAAAAAUGUGACCUUUCAGAAAGGCAGCAGAAACGUUUGUACUGAAAGCUUUCAGACGAGGCCGCUCAGCCUUACAGAUUUUCUCCCGUUUGUAUGUGAUGGCUGUUCUGGUGUCUUCUGCCUUCAGCACAGGAGCCGGGAUGCUCAUGGAUGUUCUGAGGUGAAUACCAGAAACAAUUCUGUGAAACCAGAUCAGCACAGAUCUUAUUCAUGCUCAUACAAGGACUGCAACAGAAAGGAGCUUUUGCCAGUUUUAUGUCCAUACUGUGAAAAACAUUUUUGUCUAAGACACCGGCAUCAGUCAGACCAUGAAUGUGAGAAACUGGACACACCAAAACCUCGAAUGGCUGCCACCCAGCAGCUAGUUAAAAAUAUAAUAGAUUCUAAAAAAAAUGAGGAAGCAAAAAGCAAAAAACGUAAAGGAGCGAAAAACAGUGAGACAGCAGCAAAAGUGGCAUUAAUGAAACUGAAAAUGCAUGCGUGUGGUGACAACUCCUUACCUCAGACAGAAAGAAUUUAUUUUCAAGUAUUUCUACCAAAGGGGAACAAAGAGAAAAGCAAGCCCAUGUUCUUCUGCAGUAAGUGGAGUAUUGGCAAAGUAGUAGAUUUUGCAGCUUCCUUAGCAAGCCUUAAAAAUGACAACAACAAAUCAACAUCCCAGAAGUUGAGAUUAUGCCAUACUGCCUCUGGAGAAGCCUUGCCAUUUGAGCACACAUUGGAAACAUGGCUAUCUGAUAAAGACUAUCCAUUGUACAAUGGUGGAAAUAUAAUUUUGGAGUAUCUUGAUAAUGAUGUUCUAUUUAUAGAAGAUACAGAGUCAUACUUUAGUUAAUAAAUUAUCACACAAAAAAAAAGAGAUAAAGACAAUAAAGAGAACUUGAAAUUAUUCUUUUCUACUUCUUGUGUAAAAGAGGAAGAAGUAUGGUAAGAUAAAGACAUACAGUUCAGUUAGAAACAGCAUUCAGCAGCCUGUUGUUUCAUUCUGACAUUUCUGACCUUAGGUAAAUCUCUAUGUUUCCUCUUCAGCAGUCUGCAGGAUGGAUUUACUAAGUUUUAACACAGUUGUUUACAGUGAUUCUACAUAAAGUUACACCUCUGGGUGCAUAAGUAUGACCUGUGGAAUUAAUGGAUUUCUCAAUUUUCAGUGUCUUGAAAUUAUUUGGUGCUCAUUGAGAAUAUUGUUUAGAAUAUCAGUAGUUUAUGUACUCUAGUUUUUGGGUAUCUUUUGGUGGAUUUCAAAGCUGGGUUGUAAUUUUAAAGUGAACAUAACAAGAAGGAACUAUGGGAUUGUUUUUAUGCCAGUUAUAGCUGGUUUGCAUUACUGAAACAUAAAAGCAUGUAAUGUUACACACAAAUAUUAGGGGCAGCACUUUCCUAACCAGAAGUUCUUAUGUAUAACCAAUGAGCCCUCAUUCAUCCUUCUUGAACAGGCCUGUUACAACCUAAACUCGUUCUGCACUAGCCUGUCUCUGUUUAAGCUAUAGGAGUAGAACCCUUUCAAGACUAAUCCCUCCAAUUUGCUUUCAUCUGUUUACAGUUAUUCCACAACUGUUCUCCAGCGGGGAGGAGCUGGAAAGACAGUCCCACAAGGGCAGAAAGGACAAUGUAUGAAUGAGUGUAAACAGAGCAGUGGAAAGCACAAGCCUAAGCCUUUCCAUUUGCAAAGCUGUGGUGUGUUUCUGCCACUCCAUCAUGCACAGUGUGAACUAACUACUUAGGAACACCUAUUAAUAGAAUCCUAAAUAGGCUAGCAAGAUUUUCAGCAGCAAUCAGCUGCAGCAUGUAACAUGUGAUCCAUUGCUACAAAAGGACCUAGUGGUUCAUGAUCAGGGUGCAGUAUUCCAACAGAGGGGUAGAAAUCUCCAUCUCCCACAGCCUGACCCACUGCUAGAUCACUGACUCACCUUUCAACAAGUCUGAAAAGGAAAGAGCUACCUUUCUUUUUUUGACAUGGGGCACCUUCUUCCAGGCAAUUAUCUUCAUGUAAUGUUCUCAGGUUCACAAGGAUGUUCCAGCUUGUACACGCACUGUGACUGAACAUGCUCAGUAAUGCCUGGAAGUGAAACUGGGCCACAGUGAGACUGAAUGUCUAGACUAUUCAAAAAUAUCAACAUGAUGCAUUUCAGGGACACUGUUCUGCCAUAGCAGGACUGUUUUGCCAAUAAUCAGGCCUAGCAUAAAGGACACAGCCAGCAUAAA